AUGGGGGCUGCCCCUCGAUUAAUGGAGAAACCCCUGACCCGUUUCAGGGGCACGACUGAGCCCCUUUACAGCCCUCUCCAGAUCCCUCUCCAAGACCUUGAAUGUGUGGAUCUGUUCGUGACAGAGACAGGACAGCAGUACAGGCCUGUAUUUGUGUGUCCUCUCCAGAGCACAGUAGUCGUGGAGAAGUCCAUCCAGGACCUGAUGACUCUGAUGCAGGACCUGAGUGCCUACUCCAACCAGUUCCUGGAGAUGGUCUGUGACAAGCUGAAGGAGUACAAGGAGGUCUGCAACACCUCGUACAGGGGCAUAGUCCAGUGUGAGGAGAAGCUGACCAUCAGUGCGUCGUGGUCUAAGGACGAGGACAUCAGCCGACUGCUCCAGUCUCUCCCCAACUGGGCUAACAUGGCCCAGCCCAGACAGCUCCGACAGAAGAGAGAGGAUGAGGAGGACUUUACCAGGGCGGCAUUUGCCAAGGAGUCAGAGGUGCUGACGGGUAACCUGGGUGACAAGCUGAUCCCGCAGAACGAGAUCCUGCGUGACGUGAGCGACCUGAAGGCCCUGGCCAACCUGCAGGAGAGCAUGGAGUGGCUGGCCUCCAGACUCAAAGGCUUCUUCAUCAACCUGCCCCACGCUGCCAGUGGAUCUCCAGGCUCGGACCCCCAGGUGACCAAUGAGAGCGUCCGCAGCAGGGACCAGAUCCUUCAGACUCUGACUGACCUGUCCAGGGCCUUCCAGGACAUCGCUGACCGCUGUCUGCUGGUCCUCCACCUGGAGGUUAGAGUGCAUUGUUUCCACUACCUGAUUCCCCUGGCCAAGCAGGGGAACUAUGCCAUAGUGGCCAACGUGGAGAGCAUGGACUACGACCCCUUGGUGGUCAAACUCAACAAGGACAUCAGCGCCAUCGAGGAGGUGAUGGGCGCCGCGCUGCAGCAGCACAAGUUCCAGUACAUCUUUGAAGGUCUUGGCCACCUGAUCUCCUGUAUUCUGAUCAAUGGAGCCCAGUACUUUAAGAGGAUCAGUGAGUCUGGCAUCAAGAAGAUGUGUAGGAACAUCUUUGUGCUGCAGCAGAACCUCACCAACAUCACCAUGUCUAGAGAGGCCGACCUGGACUUCGCUAGGUGAGACAUACACAUAGGA